AUGUCAAAGAAGAUAUCGGAUUUACGUGGAUACGUAUGCUUAGUAACUGGGGCUAGCAGAGGCAUCGGCCGUGGUAUUGCUAUUGGAUUAGGCGAAUGCGGAGCGACUGUCUAUAUCACUGCUCGUACUCUCAACCCAAAAAAUGACGACGGUCAAGGCGUGUCGGGUAGCUUAAUGGAAACUGCCAAGGAAGUAACUGACGCAGGAGGUGUAGCUAUUCCAGUUGCUGUUGACCAUUCUGAUGACUCCCAGGUGGCCAAUCUUUUCGUUCGCAUACGCCGUGAACAAAAAGGUCGUUUGGAUAUUUUGGUGAAUAAUGUAUAUGCCGGAGUAGACGUUCUCUCUGGAAAUCUUAAACAACAAAAAACUUUUUGGGAAUUGGGAUCGGACGAAUUGCCAGGUGUUUUCUGGGAUGCUGUUAAUCGCGUUGGCCUUCGGAAUCACUACAUCUGCUCAGUUCUUGGUACCAGAAUGAUGUUAGAUUAUCGGAAUGAGUUGAAUCAGGAUGUUGAAAACAGUUCGAAACCACCUGAGCCACCGAGACCUGGUCUUAUUUUCAAUAUCUCCUCUGUCGGAGGCUUGCGUCAUUUUGCUGCAGUUGCUUAUGGUGUUGGAAAAUCUGCUGUUGAUAGAAUGACAGCAGAUAUGGCAAUUGAAUUGAAUGAACGGGAUAAAAGCGUUGUAACAAUGUCCAUCUGGCCAGGCUUAGUUCGCACCGAACACAUGAAAAGACUUGCCAGUGAGAUCGGCAAGUUGAGUCUCGAUAUUAACGACCAAUGUAAGUGGUUCACAAGCCCAUCCCCCCAUAUAUUUGCCCAUGAUUCAUCAUCGGAGUCCCCCGAACUCACUGGUCGUGUUAUCGCAGCUAUUGCCAAAGAAUCGCGGUCGGAAUUAAUGGCUCGUUCUGGACGCACUUUUAUCGUUGCGGAUGUUGCCAACAGCUAUGGAAUUCGAGAUAUUGAUGGUCGGACCCCCCUCAGCUUUCGCUCCUACAAAGUUCUCCUCGAUUUAGCAGGAUGGAAGAGACUAGCUGGGUUUGUUCCAGCAUUCCUAAAGGUUCCAUAUUGUCUCCUGAAACCGGCAUCUCCUCGGUUCUAA